GGAAGCACGUCUGGUGCAAUGCGCUGAUCGUACAUUUAACGCAAUGAGCGAUCAGUUGCGCCGCCAGGUUAGUUUUGACGAAACUGACCUGAGCGAGCUGGAGUAUGGCAGUCCGAUCGGUGGGUUUGGGCUAUCUCGAAAUAUACUUAGAGGAAGCAGCGGCGUGGCGAAAAUGGAUUCAACCCCGACCGGUGUGAUUGGCACUGGUCGGUUGUCCAGUAAAUCGGUCAGUCGCUCGCGAUCUAUGGGGAAUUUUGAUGAAACUAAGGCCAGAGGCAAGGACCCAGCUUCUCAAACGGCGGAAACGUCGCGGACCAGGACCGCCGAGGCAUCUUCCUACUUCUCCGAAUUCUUAGAUGGUUCGACUAUGGUACCGACCCCCGGGGACACGAGGACGUGGAGAUUCUCAAAGACGGCAGCGUCGCCGAAAGAUGCGGACAAACCGAUACGCGCGAAGAUAAGGUCCGUGGCCGCCGAUGUGCAACAAGAGCGAAAACAACCUACUGGAAAAGUCCCUGUUGAUAAAAUGAAUGACUCGCCACUAAAGCCGCGAGUGCAAUCUUCAAUCCCAGUGCCGCCUGCUGGCGAGAAAGAACCACUCGGAUCUCUACCAUACGGCGAACAGGAGAAGCUUGUGAUUCAUGAUUUGCUUUAUGUGCUAAUGGGCAUUGAGGGCGCCUAUAUUCAACGCAGCGAUGUAGAAGUGGAAACGACCCAGUCAUCCCCAUUUCGCUGCGAUUCUACUAUGGAUCAAUCAAUUGCCGAACUGGUGAAGCGGAUUUUACCCCUUGCGGGUAACUUGGAAGUAGUUGAGCGGUUUAUCGACUCCCACUCAAAGUUUGAACAUGGGCGAGUACAGCAUGCCUUGGCAGCAACCAUGCGAAGUCUUGUGAAGAACUACCUUUUACUUAUAGUUCAAUUGGAGCACCAAGCUCUUACUGCCCCAAACUUUGGACUUCAGAAGUUGUGGUUUUAUCUUCAUCCUUCCCUGACCACUAUGUCAGCUCUGGCAUCAUUGAUUAAAGCGAUUGCCGAGGCGGAAGAGACCGGAAAGCUCAAACCAGAAGAGGGCAAAGACGAGCUGACUAAAAGUGCUUUGACCCCGGGAAAUCAGGCUGGUGGUGGCGUCUUACUUGGGAUUCUCUCCCAACAUAUGCUCUCUUUCAGUGGGGAUCCUGUUGUCAAAGCACUCUACUCGCAACUUCUGACCGCUGCUGCGGUUCCGUACACAGUCAUGUUGAGGACUUGGAUAAAUUCUGGGGAAAUCAUCGAUCCGUAUGAUGAGUUUAUGGUGCAGGAGAAGCGCGGGAUGGACAAGGAGCAGCUGUCUGAGGAUUUCAAUGAUGUUUACUGGGACAAGCGGUACACCCUCCGACACAGCUUUGUUCCGGACUUUCUAAAGCCAUAUGAGGAGAAGAUCCUGCACGCAGGCAAAUACCUCAACGUCGUACGUGAAUGUGGGAAGGAGGUAUCAAAGCCAUAUGCAGAACUACUGGACGAAAGUCGCACCCGGGCAACAAUAGGAGACGCCAUACAAGCGGUUGGCGGAGAAAGAUUCGUCCAGGAUAUCGAAGGUGCUUACCGGUAUGCCAACACCACGUUGCUAAGCCUACUAUUUAAUGACUACCAGCUACUGGCAAGGCUACGUUCCAUAAAGCACUUCUACCUGCUUGAGCAGUCGGACUUCCUGGUCCACUUCCUUGACGUGGCCCAUGAGCAUUUACUCAAACCUAUCGACGAAGUGCCCAUUGAGCAGGUUGCAUCGCUCUUGGAAUUAGUUUUACGAAAUCCUGCCGCAGGACCCCGCAGCCAUGAAUACAAAGAGGACGUAUCAGCAGAACUCUGUCGGACCCACUUCAUAAUUCAGCUGAUAAAAAUCAGCACGGUUUGUGGGAACGUCUUUGAUUUCGGCAGCAAAUCAUUUUUGGAAGAAGAGCUUCUCAGAGCAAGGAAGAAACAAUCCGGUAUUCAAGCAUUCCAACUUCAUUACGAUGUCCCGUUUCCCACCUCCCUCAUUAUCAAUAAAAAGGUCUUGGUGAAAUAUCAGGUUAUUUUCCGGCAUCUAUUUCAAUGCAAGUAUAUUGAGCGGCAACUGGGCGAUGCUUGGCGUCAUCAAUUGAAGUCGGGACUGUACAGCAAGGGGAGAAGGUUUCGCCGAAACAAAGGGCAUCAGCUCUUUACCGACUUGGACAGUGAGGAAGAGGAAGCUUUGGGUCGCGAAAGGGAGGAGUCACUUUUUAUGAGCCGAAUGUGUGCGCUGAGAGCGAAGAUGCUCCAUUUCAUACAGCAAUAUAUGUACCAUGUCGGCUAUGAGGUGAUUGAGCCGACCUGGUCAAAGUUCGAGGAGCGGCUGCAAAAGGCUCCAACCAUUGAAGCUGUCAUGACUCUCCACGAUGAUUAUCAAGAUGCGCUGUUGACAGAAUUGAUGCUUUCACACCUGGGAAUGGUGAAGGUGUUUAGAAAGCUGAUGUCUAUAUGUAUAGACUUCUGCAUCUUUUCGCAUUCAUAUACGCGCUUCAAAGCGCCGUACACGUUCGUUGCUGGAAAGGCGCCUUCCGAGUAUGGCAUCCCGGACAAUCUAGCUCACUCAUCACACCCAUCUGCGAUACCUGAUCCCCUCUCUGACGCAUACAUAUCUGCAACUGGUGGAACAGUUCUGAAUGCCGAGAACGCAAACCAAACGCUGAAAGAGUUGGAAACUACGUUCGUACACCAGAUGCGGACGUUAAUUGACACCUUGAAGCACCAUGCGACCACCGACGAUUAUCUGUUUGGCAACUUUGCGACGAGACUAGAUUACAACCUGUAUUACGCAAGGCUUCCACCGGAUCUAUCCAUUGUGGUUCAGGUGCCAAUGGAGGAACCAGAUUUGCUAAAUUCGGCCAUACCGGACGAAUAUGGCACAUCGUCGCGUCCAAUGUAAUUUUGAUUAAUACCAUAUGGUAUUCUCUUGUAAAUAAUAAGAAUGUGUUUAUAAAAAGGUAACCCCUU